AUGUCUUUUAUUGGAAUAAGUUUUCAAUGGAAAGAGUUGAUGGACCGAUGAUGUGACGGUUACUAAAUAACGAAUGCAUUUGUUACUAGGUCUAUCAAUUUGCAAAGAUGGGGGCCUACCGGUACAUGCAGGAACUGUAUAGGAAGAAACAGAGCGAUGUUAUGCGAUACUUGUUGCGUAUUCGCGUUUGGCAGUACCGCCAAUUAACCAAACUGCACCGUUCUCCCAGGCCCACUCGUCCAGACAAGGCAAGACGUUUGGGAUACCGCGCAAAACAAGGCUUUGUUAUUUAUAGGAUUCGUGUGCGCCGAGGGGGCCGCAAGCGUCCGGUGCCCAAGGGCUGCACUUACGGAAAGCCUAAAAGUCAUGGUGUUAACCAAUUGAAGCCCUAUCGUGGACUACAAUCGAUUGCUGAGGAACGUGUUGGCCGUAGACUUGGUGGGUUGCGAGUUUUAAACUCGUAUUGGAUUGCCCAAGAUGCUUCUUAUAAGUACUUUGAGGUAAUCUUGAUCGAUACUCAUCACAGUGCUAUUCGUCGCGAUCCAAAAAUCAACUGGAUUUGCAAGCAUGUCCACAAGCAUCGUGAACUGCGUGGUCUUACUUCAGCCGGAAAGAGUUCGCGGGGAAUUGGAAAAGGAUACAGAUAUUCCCAAACAAUUGGUGGAUCUAGGCGUGCGGCCUGGAAGCGCAAGAACCGUGAACACAUGCACAGGAAGCGAUAAUUUGUAAAAGUCCUUAUUAUCAAUGAAAUAAACCAUUUUGUGCAUUUUGUUCAAAAAUGUUCACGGUCAGAUCAUAUGUA